ACUUCUUAAAAGGUUCGGGAAACUACUCUGUUAUUGUCCUGACGGACUCUAUAUAAACUCCAUCAUGGCUGGGAUUGGCAAGCAAAGUCUCCAACCAGUUUGAGAGAGAGAAAGAGAGAGAGAGAGAGAGAGAGAAGCAAAUUAGGAAGCAACGAAGAGCUAAGAGCAAGCUAAGAGACAUGCAGGCAAGCGUCGUGGCUCUCAGGGACCCUGAACCUGAACGUGUUGUCGAAUUGUCCAGGAGACCUCAUCCACCAGUUCAUUAUGAAGUGGAGAUAAAUCCAGUUCUCGAAUUAUUAAAAUUUAAGACAUAUGAAUCCGGUGUUUUUGAAGCUGGGGGCUACAAAUGGAGCCUAUGUCUUCACCCCCAGGCAGACCCGGACCGUAGGGGGAAGCCGGAAUAUAUCUCCUUAUAUCUGUCAAUGGAGAAGCCAAAUAAGCUUAGAGACGGUGAGAGGAUCGUGGUGGACUACAAGUUUUUCGCAUACGACUACAACAGUUCGACCUACGUCAUCUUCAAAGAGAAAGGGAAGGAACUGAGGGCAUUCACUAAAACAAAGACCCAAUGGGGGUUUUCUAAGUUCCUUUCCUUGAAAGCUUUCAACAAUCCUAAUAAUGGAUACUGCAAGGACAAAAAAUGCAAAUUUGGGGCUGAGGUUAUGGUCAGCAAUAUUACGAGGACAACGGAGACCGUCACCAUCGUCAAAGACCCGCGUCGCAUCAUAACCACUUGCAAGAUCGGACAGUUCUCCCCAUCGAGCAAGGAAAUUCAGUCUUCCAACAGCUUUGAUCUCGGAAAGAAGAAUGGGGAACGGUUUUGGCGUUGGAAGUUAAAGGUGAAGCAGAAGGAUGAGUAUCUGUCCGUUUACUUACAAUCGCAGGACCACCUUCACAGGAUCAAAAUGUAUGUAGAAGCCAAAUUGCGGGUGGUGAACAAAAAAGACCGUAAAAACGAUAAGGAAAAAACAGUUUGCUUAAUCCAAAACAAACGGGCUGACGCAUAUAUAUGUAAGUAUUAGCAUAUAUAAAUCCUGCAAAAAUAAAAAAGAAAACCGUGCAGAAUUUUUCCAAGUUUUUUUAUAAAUGAAUAUCAUUAUUAUUUAAAGGAAAAUUUCCGAGUGGCUUUUUGGAAAGGGCUCAAAGCCCAAUCCAUAUGACUUCCCAACCUUUGAGUAUCACAACAAUAAUCUAGAUAAGCACGUGAAUAUCUCCUAAUGAAUGAACAAUGCUAUGUCUCUUUAUCGGUCCACCUUGAGUAUGAGUAUGCUAAUUAGACAUGGCUUCGUCUACAAUUUAAAAAAAAAAAAUUAAUACCACAAAAAACUUCAAACUAAUAUACCUAUGACAAAUUUUCUUCAAAUUAAUUUUUUUUAUUACCAAAACCUCUAAACUAGUACACUAGGGACAAAUUUAACUUGUUAGCAUCUAUUAAGUUUUACCAUGAAAUUAUUGAGUUGAAUGACACAUGAUGAAUCCACACGAAAAUUCAUAUAAAUUUGAGAUAAAUUUGUCACAUAUGUAUUAAUUUGGGAUUUUUAGUGAUCCAAAAAUAAGUUUCAG